UGGGUCAUACAGUACAGGUAUGAUUUGUUCAGAGCCCAUCUGUAGUGGCUGAUUUUAUCUGGAAAAACAUGCUUGCGUGGCUCAUCCUUUUCAAUUUCAUGCACUAAAAUGGACGCAUCUUCCGAGCCAUGUGGUCAUGUCAUGGAAGCGUCACUUUGCGUCACACAGUAGAAGCUUCACUAGACGACAAGGCGUACUUGGACUCCAACCAAGCGCAUCUUGGCUAAAGCAACACGUUUCGGGGGGCCCACCCUCCUCAGAGCAUGUACCAUCAAUAUUAUCAACAUGUACCACUGCACGUCUGUAGUGGUUGCUUACCCCCAGUCAGGUUGAUGUUGACGCAAGAUUGGGGUGGGUGGGUUGGCGGGAGUGUGAGGAUCCUCUUCAGCCUCGAGGCACGUAUUGGCAACAAUGAAUGGAUAAAGCGUUGAUUUUUUUUGACAAAGACGACGCCAACGUCCGAGGAAAAAAGUUGGGAACAAACCAUUUUUUGAGUCAGAAGUGUUCAAGUCUUUGACAGAGGAACACGCAGAAGGAACAAUUCUGCAACUCUGGGACUUUUGUCUUUUGAUUGAGUGUGUUCAUACUCAAAGUGAACCAUGGUGCAUUAUGUCAAAACCCUAUUAUUGGCAUCAUUGGUGGCUUCCACCAUGGCCGAACCUUUUUUCUUUGGAGGAAAAAAAGGCAAGGGAAACAGAAAUAACGGAGGGAGUUAUGGUGCUCCUUCAGGGGGUAGCUCUAGCUAUGGGGCUCCCUCCAGUGGAUCAAGCUAUGGAGCUCCUCAAACCAGCUCGGGCUAUGGUGCCCCAUCAGGUGGAGGUGGAUCAAGCUAUGGAGCUCCUCAAACCAGCUCGGGGUAUGGUGCCCCAUCAGGUGGAGGUGGAUCAAGUUAUGGAGCUCCUCAAACAAGCUCAGGAUAUGGUGCCCCAUCAGGUGGAAGUGGAUCGAGCUACGGUGCCCCAUCUUCAGGAGGGGGUGGCUCAGGGUAUGGGGCCCCAUCAACUGGAGGUGGAUCUGGAUAUAAUGCCCCUUCUACUGGUGGUGGUUCAGGAUAUAGUGCCCCCUCAGGCGGUGGAGGAAAUUCAGGCUACAGUGCUCCUUCAGGUGGUGGAGGAUCCAGUUACAGUGCUCCAUCUAGUGGUGGAGGAUCUGCAUACAGUGCCCCAUCAACUGGAGGUGGCUCAAGUUACAGUGGCGGAUCUGUAGGAGGUGGAUCAAGCCAUGGGGGUGGAUCUGUUGGAGGUGGUUCCAGCUACAGUGGCGGAUCUGUAGGAGGUGGAUCAAGCCAUGGGGGUGGAUCUGUUGGAGGUGGUUCCAGCUACAGCGGCGGAUCUGUAGGAGGUGGAUCAAGCCAUGGGGGUGGAUCUGUUGGAGGUGGUUCCAGCUACAGUGGCGGAUCUGUAGGAGGUGGAUCAAGCCAUGGGGGUGGAUCUGUUGGAGGUGGUUCCAGCUACAGCGGCGGAUCUGUAGGAGGUGGAUCAAGCCAUGGGGGUGGAUCUGUUGGAGGUGGUUCCAGCUACAGCGGCGGAUCUGUUGGAGGCGGAUCAAGCCAUGGGGGUGGAUCUGUUGGAGGUGGUUCUAGCUACGGCGGUGGAUCAAGUCACAGUGGUGGAUCUGUUGGAGGUGGUUCCAGCUACGGCGGUGGAUCAGUUGGCGGUGGAUCAAGCCACAGUGGUGGAUCUGUUGGAGGUGGUUCCAGCUACGGCGGUGGAUCUGUUGGCGGGGGAACCAGUCAUGGUGGAUCUGUUGGAGGUGGCUCCAGUUAUGGCAGUGGUUCAUCAGGAGGAAGCUCUGGAGGGGGUUACAGCCCACCAUCAAGUGGAGGAAAUGCUGGGUAUAGUGCGCCAUCUUCAGGUGGCGGCUCUGGAUAUAAUGCUCCAUCUACUGGAGGAGGUGGCUCAAGCUAUGGUGCUCCUCAAACUAGUUCAGGAUAUGGUGCCCCUCAAACUAGCUCAGGAUAUGGAGCCCCUCAAACUAGCUCAGGAUAUGGAGCCCCUCAAACUAGCUCAGGAUAUGGAGCCCCUCAAACUAGCUCUGGAUAUGGAGCCCCUCAAACUAGCUCUGGUUAUGGAGCACCUAAACCAAGUUAUGGUCGACCAUCAUCUGGAGGAAAGGGCAAGAAAAAAGGUGGUUUCAAUCUGUUUGGCAAGGGCAAGAAAAAAGGAGGUCGUGGCAAUCGCGGAAAUAGUGGUGGAUAUGGAGCCCCAUCUCGACCAUCUUAUGGACGUCCUUCUAACUCAGGAGGCAAAAAGGGCGGUUUCAGUCUCAAGAACAUUUUUGGGGGCGGAAAAAAAGGAGGACGUGGAGGAAAGAAGGGAGGACGUGGCAACCGCGGAAAUAGCGGAUAUGGUGCCCCAUCUCGACCUUCUUAUGGACGACCCUCCAACUCUGGAGGCAAAAAGGGCGGAUUUAGCCUGAAGAAUAUCUUUGGAGGUGGAAAGAAAGGCGGUCGCGGGGGAAAGAAGGGAGGACGCGGUAAUCGUGGACACAGUGGAUAUGGAGCACCCCAGGUCAGUUCAGGAUAUGGAGCUCCAUCCUCAGGAGGAUCAAGCUAUGGCGCACCUUCCACAGGCGGCGGCUCAGGCUAUGGUGCUCCCUCCACAGGUGGCGGCUCAGGCUAUGGUGCUCCCUCCACAGGCGGCGGCUCAGGCUAUGGUGCUCCCUCCUCAGGCGGCGGCUCAGGCUAUGGUGCUCCCUCCACAGGGGGUGGUUCAGGUUACAGCGCACCUUCCACAGGUGGUGGAUCAAGCUACAGUGCACCCUCUGGAGGCGGUGGAUCCAGCUACAACGCACCAUCCAAUGGUGGUGGAUCAGGGUACAGUGCUCCAUCUGCAAGCCAUGGACGGCGCUAAACAAGGAUUUGCGAGUAUAUAACGCAGUAAUGAAAUUUGAAAUCCCUUGUAUUAAUUCAUUGUUUGUAACACACAAAACAAACACCCAUUUAAUGUCCAGAGAAGGGCACUGCUUGGUAACCAAAAGCUUUACCAACCUUUGUCUAUCCAUAUU